ACCUGAGUCAAAGGCAGAUGCUUAACAAACUGAACCACCCAGGUGCCCUGCCAUCGGACUUUUUAACCUGGGAUUUCACAGAAAUUCAAAUUUUCUUUUUUGUGUAUGUGUUUUUUCCAGGGAAUCAUCAAAUUUUCUAGUCAUUUAUGGCAAGGAUGGGGAGGAAAACCACUGCCUUUUUUUGCAUUUUCCCAUCUAUUCAGAUGCCCGUUUAUUAGUAUGAAAUGAUAAAUCUGGACUGCUCUAAGUAGUUCCCAUUCCCCAUGUGACUAGCUCUGAAUUAUAAAUAAUCUGUUGAGGGCCCACUAUAUGCUAGACAUCCUUUACAUACCUAUCUCACCGAGGUCUUUACAACUUUUGAGAUAGAUGGUCUUUCCCACUUUAUCUCUAUGAUGACCCCUCUCUAGGGCUCUCUCUUUCACAUUUCCUAGUUGUCCAUGUGGCCCCAGUUUGAAAAUGACUGAAUUGGAGUACAAACCCAGAUGUUUGUGGAUUCUUCUGUGGGAUCAGAGGGCACGCCUGUUGUAAUCAGAAAACUCCAAGAAUAGCAGCAGGGAUGGAUGAACAGGCUCUUUUAGGGCUAAAUCCAAAUGCUGAUUCAGACUUCAGACAAAGGGCCCUGGCCUAUUUUGAGCAAUUAAAGAUUUCCCCAGAUGCCUGGCAAGUGUGUGCAGAAGCUCUAGCCCAGAGGACAUACAGUGAUGAUCACAUAAAGUUUUUCUGCUUUCAAGUACUGGAACAUCAAGUUAAAUACAAAUAUUCAGAACUAACUACUGUUCAACAACAACUAAUUAGGGAGACGCUCAUAUCUUGGCUUCAAGCUCAGAUGCUGAAUCCCCAACCAGAGAAGACCUUUAUACGAAAUAAAGCGGCCCAAGUCUUUGCCUUACUUUUUGUUACAGAAUAUCUCACUAGAUGGCCCAAAUUUUUUUUUGACAUUCUCUCAGUAGUGGACCUAAAUCCAAGGGGAGUAGAUCUGUACCUCCGAAUCCUCAUGGCUAUUGAUUCAGAGUUGGUGGAUCGUGAUGUGGUGCAUACAUCAGAGGAGGCUCGUAGGAAUACUUUAAUAAAAGAUACCAUGAGGGAACAGUGCAUUCCAAACUUGGUGGAAUCAUGGUACCAAAUUUUACAAAAUUAUCAGUAUACUAAUUCAGAAGUGACAUGUCAGUGCCUUGAAGUAGUUGGGGCUUAUGUCUCUUGGAUAGACUUAUCCCUUAUAGCCAAUGAUAGGUUUAUAAAUAUGCUGCUAGGUCAUAUGUCAAUAGAAGUUCUACGGGAAGAAGCAUGUGACUGUUUAUUUGAAAUUGUAAAUAAAGGAAUGGAUCCUGUUGAUAAAAUGAAACUAGUAGAAUCUUUGUGUCAAGUAUUACAGUCUGCUGGAUUUUUCAGCAUUGACCAGGAAGAAGAUGUUGACUUUCUAGCCAGAUUUUCUAAGCUGGUAAAUGGAAUGGGACAGUCAUUGAUAGUUAGUUGGACUAAAUUAAUUAAGAAUGGGGAUAUCAAGAAUGCUCAAGAGGCACUACAAGCUAUUGAAACAAAAGUGGCACUGAUGCUGCAGCUACUAAUUCAUGAGGAUGAUGACAUCUCUUCUAACAUUAUUGGAUUCUGUUAUGAUUAUCUUCAUAUUUUGAAACAGCUUCCAGUGCUCUCGGAUCAGCAAAAAGCUAACGUAGAGGCAAUCAUGUUGGCCGUUAUGAAAAAACUGACUUAUGAUGAAGAAUAUAACUUUGAAAAUGAGGGUGAAGAUGAAGCCAUGUUUGUAGAGUAUAGAAAACAACUGAAGUUACUGUUGGACAGGCUUGCUCAAGUUUCACCAGAGUUACUGCUGGCUUCUGUGCGCCGAGUUUUUAGUUCUACGCUGCAGAAUUGGCAGACGACACGUUUUAUGGAAGUUGAAGUAGCAAUAAGAUUGCUGUAUAUGCUGGCAGAAGCUCUUCCAGUGUCUCAUGGUGCUCACUUCUCAGGUGAUGUUUCAAAAGCUAGUGCUUUGCAGGAUAUGAUGCGAACUUUGGUAACAUCAGGAGUUAGUUCCUAUCAGCAUACAUCUGUGACAUUGGAGUUCUUCGAAACUGUUGUUAGAUAUGAAAAGUUUUUUACAGUUGAACCUCAACACAUUCCAUGUGUAUUAAUGGCUUUCUUAGAUCAUAGGGGUCUGCGGCAUUCUAGUGCAAAAGUACGGAGCAGAACUGCUUACCUGUUUUCCAGAUUUGUCAAAUCUCUGAAUAAACAAAUGAAUCCUUUCAUUGAGGAUAUUCUGAAUAGAAUACAAGAUUUACUAGAGCUUUCUCCACCUGAGAAUGGUUACCAGUCUUUGUUGAGCAGCGAUGAUCAACUGUUUAUUUAUGAGACAGCUGGAGUGCUGAUUGUUAAUAGUGAAUAUCCAGCUGAACGGAAACAAGCCUUAAUGAGAAAUCUGUUGACCCCAUUGAUGGAGAAGUUUAAAAUUCUGUUAGAAAAAUUGAUGCUGGCACAAGAUGAAGAAAGACAGGCAUCGCUAGCAGACUGUCUGAACCAUGCUGUUGGAUUUGCCAGCCGAACCAGCAAAGCUUUCAGCAACAAGCAGACUGUGAAACAGUGUGGCUGUUCCGAAGUUUAUCUGGACUGUUUACAGACAUUCUUGCCAGCUCUCAGUUGUCCCCUGCAAAAGGAUAUUCUCAGAAGUGGAGUUCGUACUUUCCUUCAUCGCAUGAUUAUUUGCCUAGAGGAAGAAGUUCUUCCAUUCAUCCCGUCUGCCUCAGAACACAUGCUCAAAGAUUGUGAAGCAAAAGACCUCCAGGAGUUCAUUCCUCUUAUCAACCAGAUUACAGCCAAAUUUAAGAUACAGGUAUCUCCAUUUUUACAGCAAAUGUUUAUGCCUCUACUUCAUGCAAUUUUUGAGGUAUUGCUCCGACCAGCAGAAGAAAAUGACCAGUCUGCUGCUUUAGAAAAGCAAAUGUUGCGAAGGAGUUACUUUGCUUUCCUGCAAACAGUCACAGGCAGUGGAAUGAGCGAAGUCAUAGCAAAUCAAGGUGCAGAGAAUGUAGAACGAGUGCUGGUGACUGUUAUCCAAGGAGCAGUUGAAUAUCCAGAUCCAAUUGCACAGAAAACCUGUUUUAUCAUCCUCUCCAAGUUGGUAGAACUCUGGGGAGGAAAAGAUGGACCAGUGGGAUUUGCUGAUUUUGUUUAUAAGCACAUUGUCCCCGCAUGUUUCCUAGCACCUUUAAAACAAACCUUUGACCUGGCAGAUGCACAAACAGUGUUGGCUUUAUCUGAGUGUGCGGUGACAUUGAAAACAAUUCAUCUCAAACGGGGCCCAGAAUGUGUUCAGUAUCUUCAACAAGAAUAUCUGCCUUCCUUGCAAGUAGCUCCAGAAAUAAUUCAGGAGUUUUGUCAAGCGCUUCAACAGCCUGAUGCUAAAGUUUUUAAAAAUUACUUAAAGGUAUUCUUCCAGAGAGCAAAGCCCUAAGGACUGGAUCUCCCUGUGCCUACUUUAUGAUCAGGAAUUCCAGUUGAUUUAUAAGGAAGCAGUUUUGUGUGCCAUUCACACUGGUCUUUUUAACAUUGCUUUAAGCUUAUUGCAGUAUAUGUAUUGGGAUUUCUCUGUAAAAUGGGUGUAAUUUUCUCUGAAUAUAGGUAUGUGACAACAAGAGAAGUUGCUUGCAUGCCAGUGCAAAUUUGUUCUAUAUAAAAAUGCUGUUAAAAGAUACAGCGCGGUUAUUCUAGUACCUUUUUUUUUUUUUACUUGAAACGUUAAAUCCUUUAUAAAGACCAUAGCAGGAAAACAGUGUACUUUUUUUUCAAUUGCUAAAUAUAAAAUGUUUGAAAAUUUUAAUUUUCUUUUAUGUGCGCUGUCUCAAAAUAUGGGGGGAAUAUAACAAACCAAAACUAAAUUUUCGUAGAUAGCCAUUACAUUUCUUUAAACUAUUUCGAUGCCAAUGUUGGUUCUACAGAAGAGAAUGGUUUCAUAAAUUAACUGAUUUAAGAGUAGGUACCGGUGUUAUACACUUUUUAUAAAAAAAUAAAAAUAAAUUUUACGUAGUGAAAUCUA